UCGUCAAUCGUAAUGGGCCAUGGCCAUCAACUGUGUUAUCAUAAUUAUUAUUAUCAUGUACUAUCAGAUAAUUUAAUAUAAUAAUAAUAAUACAAAUAAAAUGAUUUAUUAGAAUUUAUUAUUUUGGAUUUUACUUUUUAGAUAGGUAUUCGUUUCAAACUUAAAUUUUAAUAUUUUAUAAGAUAAAUUUAAAAUGUACAACUCUAACAGACCUAAUUUUUCUGACUAUAAUCUUGAAAGAGUUUCCGGGAAUAAUAGAAACCAUUAUAAUGCUACAAGAAAACCCAAACCUUCAAAAUCAAGAAAUCCAAAGGUUGAUAAUCGGUCACCAAGCUGUAACGAACAAAUAUCCGAAUUCUCUCCACUUCAGUGGAAUCAAUCCAAUCAACGUUUGUAUCCUACAAUGUCAGACUCUGCCGUUUGUGGUUAUCCUGUUCCAGUUAAUAUACCUGUUGAUCCACGCUUUCAUACCUUGUAUCCUAUAUAUCAACCAUACAUGUCAGUUGGUAUUGGCAGAGAAUAUUUAGAACCCAGUCAACAUAUGCCAUCCAGAGAUCAAUUUACUAGUUUACCUCCUAUUAAUAUUGCGGAUAAUGAAUCUGAAAUUAAACGUACACACAGUGAUCCAGGUUUAAAUAAUCAAGAUGAUAAAUUUGAACUACUUAGCAGUGAUUCAGACCAAGAAUCGUAUGAUACCUACUAUGCUAAUGAAGUGGCCGAAUUAAAAAAAGAUAAUCAGAGACUAGCUAAUGAAUUAGAAUUAGUGAAAAUUGAAUUAAGAAAUUUGAAAUUGGAUAUAUCAAGCAAAAAUAAUGACAAAUGUGGUUGUGCAGAUCCAGGAUCUAUUACAAAUAUUGUUCAAGAAAUAAGAGCAGCACAUAAAUUAAUGGAACAAACAUUAGAGUCAAAAUUAAAUUCAUUUAAUGCUAAUAAAAAUGAAAUUACUAAUGAUAGUUCUCAAUUAUCAUUAAUAAAUGAGCGGUUAGAAAAAUUAGAAAAAUUGAGUGACAAAUCAAAAAGAUCGGACUCGGAGAAAAGAUUUGUUAAAAUUAAUAACUCAUCAAAAAAAAGCUCUGCUGUCACAGCUUUGUGAAUUAGGUAAAAAGAACAUACAAAUUAAAAAUCAAACAUAAUAAUAAAUAAUGCCAUACAUAAUUUAAUUCAUUAUUAUGUUAAUUCAAAUAUCAUAAGCAAUAUUGUAUUAUAGAUUAUACAGAUUAUAAAUAUUGUGAAUGAUGUAUUAAUUAAUAGUGUUUUUAAAAAUUACCAAAGAGUAAUGACUAUUUUAAUGUACUUUAAACAGCCUUUACUUUUUAAGAGGUUGUGUUUAUUAACAUAUAAAAUUUAAAAUAUUAUUAAUAGAAUACAUUUAAAAAUUCUCUUCAACAAUAUUUAUUUACUAACCACAUAUUUUUUAUAAAGAAUUGUGUUAUAUUCCAUGAACAUAUUCCAUUUAUCUUUUACGUUUUAAUUAAAAUAAGAUUGCUCUUAUACAUUCCUUCCAUAAUAAUAAAUAUAAUUUGUUUUAUAAAUGGUUAAAUUAUAUAAAAUUAAGUAAGUGUAUUACUAACUAAUUGUAUAUUCUAAAUUUCAGUGUAUAGAAUAAGCACACUAAACAUUCAUUGAAUAUGUUUUAAUAUUUAAUAAUUUAUGCACUAACAAGUAUUAUUUAAUUUUUCUGUUUAUUGUUUAGACUGCUCAACUUAACAUAGUAUAAGAUUAAUGUUUUGUUUGAGUUUCAACAAAGAUAACUUGAAUAAUUUGAUUUUAUUGAAAUGUUACUCAUACUUACUGUAUAGUAAUAAGACUGCUUUUACAUAUAUUUAGUUUCAAAUUGAAUUUAAAACUUCAAUUUCAUCUUUAUCAAUGAAAAACAAUUUCUUUUGUAUUAUUAAAGCUAUAUUUAAAAGAAAAUAAAUACAAUUUUUUACUACUUAGUUUCAUCAGCAAUACUCCACUCAACCAAAGAUUAUAAGUAUUUUGUAAUUGCAUUUGAAUGUUUCUUUUUGUAUUUAUUUUUGUGUGGUGCUAUUUACAGCAUUAGUUUUAAUAAAUCAAAUAUUAUUUAAAAAUUUAAAUGGUUAAAUUUGAAUUAUUUUUUAACACGAUUUAUGGAUAUUACGAGAAAAACUAUCUGCAGUUGGUGACUUAUAAAAAGCUACUAGUUUAUUACAUAAUAUGUUUUUAUAUUUUUAUUGAUAUUGUUAAAAAAGAAAAUAUUUUCAAUUAUACUUUUAUUAAUAUAAUAUUAUUGUAAUAAUUUCUUAGUCUGAAUUAAAUAAUUUAAAUAAUUUAAGUUGGUAUUAUUCCGAAAUAACCAAUAUUAGUAUAAAAUUCCAAAAUUUUGUUUAUAUAAUUAUUAGGAAAAAAAAUCAAAUUGUCUUACAUAAAACAAAUAGUAUUUGUACUUUAUGUAAUAUACAAAAUAAGCUAACAUUACGCACAUUUAGGUACCACAUGGCACAUAAUAUGUUAUGAACUUAUAAUAUUAUAUAUGAUUUAUAACUUUUCAUUUUUUUUUAUAACUCAGAUAUACUAUCAAUCAGAAUUUAGGUUAUAAUGUGAUGUGUAUUGUAUUAUCAACUUUCCUUUCUAAACAAUGAACCGAAAUUAUUAACUUAUUUUUAUUGUUAUUUUAACUUGAAAAUAUAUAUCAUAUUUUUUUAUAAGACUUGUAACAAUAAUUAUUUCUUAUUUAAUUAAUUUUAAAAUAAAAUCAAAAUAAACUUUGAGCUUAUUCUCAUGCAGGGCACACAUUAAAUUCAAUUAAUAUAUUCUACAAUAAUUGAAUAUGUAAUGACAAAUUAUAUAUUUUUAGUAUGUAAUUCUUUUAAUAUUUUUAAUAAGAAUUUCAUUAAUUUCAUAGUAAUUAUCAUUUUGUACUUUGUUAGUUAUUCAGAUUAUUUUAUUAUUUAUAAAUUACUAAUAGUUGUUAAUAUUAUUUACUGUUGUUAAUGUUAUUUGUAGUUAUAUAUUCCAUUUUAUGUUACAAUUAAAAUCAAUACUCAUUUAUUUUGUGUAUUAAUAAAAAUUAUUAUGUAUACAUUUUGAAAAUUGAAAAAUAAAAUUAAUAGUUUUGUUGUUCUAAACA